CCGAUAGGAAAGUGUCGAUGCUGCGGACUCCAUUAUUCAGCGAAACAGAAGCUGGGGGAACGGGGAGCCUUUGUCAGUGGAGCUGGGAAAGCGUCUGUUUCUUCAGCAAGGGCUGUGAGCAGCACAUUGGAGAGACUGAAAAAAGCAAGAACAAUAAAAGAUUCACUCGGAACCCGAUAUCCAUUAGGAAGUUCUCUAUUCAUAGACAUAAGGGAGCUUUCGCAGCAGGAACAAUGGUGGCCCAAGGGGAGACUAUCUGGCGGAUAAGGCAAGUGGUGUUUCUUAUUAUUUUUCUUAAUGCUCCGGAAGUCGAGUCGGAUUCGGUUCGAUAUUCGGUACUGGAGGAAACGGAGAGCGGUUCUUUCGUGGCUAAUGUGGCAAAGGACCUGGGGCUGGAUAUCGGGAAUCUUUCUUCCAGGAAGGCUCGGAUCGUUUCCAAGAAGGACAAACAGUAUUUCCACCUCAACCGUAAAACGGGAGAUUUACUAAUAAAGGAGAAACUCGACCGGGAGGAUUUAUGCGGACAGAGAGAACCCUGCAUUAUGCAUUUCCAAAUUUUAUUAGAAAAUCCUUUUGAAUUAUAUCCCGCUGAUAUAACAAUAGGCGAUAUAAAUGACCAUUCUCCGGUGUUCCUAGACAAGGAAAUAAUUCUGAAUAUUCUGGAGAAUAGUCCUGUGGGGACCGAAUUCCCAAUGGAAAGUGCACAGGAUUUGGACGUAGGAAGCAAUUGCCUCCAGAAAUAUACCAUCAGCCCCAACUCCUAUUUCCACAUUAACACUCGCAGUCGCAAUGAUGGCAGGAAGUUUCCGGAGCUGGUUUUGGAUAAAGCCCUGGAUCGGGAAAGGGAGGCUGAGGUCCAUUUAACAAUCACGGCCCUCGAUGGAGGAUCUCCGCCCCGUUUCGGAACUGCUGAAGUCCACGUUCUUGUUGUGGACAUUAACGACAACGCUCCUGAGUUCACUCAGAUGAUGUAUGAGGUUCAGAUUCCCGAAAACAGUCCUGUGGGCUCUUUGGUUUCCACGGUCACCGCUAAUGAUUUUGACGCAGGAAUCAAUGGGGAAGUAUCGUACACAUUUUUCCGUGCCUCCGAAGCAAUUAGGAAAACCUUUCAAAUAAAUCCUAUCUCGGGGGAAAUUAAAAUAAUCGGACAAUUGGAUUUUGAAGAGAACCAGUCAUAUGAGGUGGAUAUCCAGGCCAAAGAUGGCGGGGGCCUUUCUGGCAAAACCACUGUGCUUGUUCAGGUUAUCGAUAUGAACGACAAUACCCCUGAGAUAACCAUGUCCUCAGUAACCAGCCCCAUUCCCGAAAACUCUCCCGAGACAGUAGUGGCUGUUUUCAGCAUCAGAGACCAGGACUCUGGAGAAAACGGCAAAAUGGUUUGCACCAUUCAGGACGAUCUACCUUUUGUCCUCAAACCGAAGUUGGAGAACUUCUAUACCCUAGUGACGGACCGAGCCCUGGACAGAGAGAGCCAGUCCGAAUACAAUAUCACUAUCACUGUCAUGGAUCUGGGAUCCCCGAGUCUCAAAACGGAGCAAAACAUAACGGUGCUGAUUUCUGACGUCAAUGACAACCCCCCGGUAUUUAAUCAAACAUUUUAUACACUGUAUGUUAGAGAAAACAACAGCCCCGCCCUGCACAUCGGCAAAGUCCAUGCCAUAGACAGAGACUCAGGAGAGAACGCCAGGGUGUCCUACACCCUGCUGUCCCCCGAGAACGGAGACCUUCCCUUGCCUUCUUACAUCUCCAUCAACUCGGACAAUGGCAAUCUCUAUGCUCUGAGAUCCAUGGAUUACGAAGCCAUUCGGGAGUUCCACUUUGCAGUCAGGGCGGUGGAUAGCGGUUCCCCGGCCCUCAGCAGCCAGGCCAUGGUCCGGGUGGGGGUCCUGGAUGACAAUGACAACAGUCCCUUCGUCCUGUACCCUCUGCAGAACGGCACCUCCCCCUGUAAUGACCUGGUCCCCAGGUGGGCGGAGGCCGGUUACCUGGUGACCAAGGUAGUGGCGGUGGAUGCAGAUUCAGCUCAGAACUCUUGGCUUUCCUUCCAAUUACUCAAAGCCACGGACCCUGGACUCUUUAGCGUGUGGCCCCACAAUGGGGAAAUCCGAACCUCUAGGCUCAUCACCGACAGAGACUCCAUCAAGCAGAAGCUUGUUGUCUUGGUGAAGGACCACGGGGAUCCUCCUCUGUCCACCGCGGCCACUCUGCAUGUGCUUCUGGUAGAUGGCUUUUCGGAACCCUACUUACGGAUCCCGGAAAUACCAAUGGACAAUGAAUCGGAAAACUCUAUCACGGUGUAUUUGGUCAUUGCUCUGGCCUCUAUUUCGUUUCUUUUCCUCUUCUCGUUGAUCGCCUUCAUCGUAGUGAGGCUGUGGAGCAGGAGGAGACACGCCGCUGAUGCUGCCAGUCUGGGACCCGAUGGCCAUUUCCCGGGACAUUUGGUGGAUGUGAACGGCACCGGGACCCUGUCCCACAGUUAUCGCUAUGAGGUGUGUUUAACCACUGGGUCCGGGAACAGCGAGUUCAAAUUUCUCAAACCUGUCAUCCCCAGCCUCCCUGCUCAGGCAGCUAUUAAUAAUCAGGAAGAAAAUUCCUCAUUUCGCAAUAGUUUUGGCUUUAAUUAGAAAGAUCUCUUAGGGCGUAUGCU